AUGAAGAGGAUGCCACGCUGUGUUCUUCCACAUCCCCUAGGUGACUCCUUCGAGCCUUCCAGAAAGCAUGUGAGAAGGAAGCCCUACUCUACUACCAAGGUGACUUCAGGGAGCACAUUCAAGGAGGUUUUAAGAAGAUACGCCGUGUACACCAUCCAGCAUCGGAGGCAUCAUGACUCCUGGGUAAAGAAGAAGAUGUACCCACAAGAAGAUGACUUCCAUCAUACAGUUUUCAGCAACCUUGAAAGACUGGACAAGCUUCAGCCCACUCUUGAAGCCUCUGAGGAGUCUCUAGUUCACAAGGACAGAGGAGAUGGAGAGAGGCCGGUCAAUGCGAGGGUGGUGCAGGUGGCCCCUCUGAGGUGUGAAUCUACUCCCUGUGGGGACGCUGUACAAGACAUCUCUAAAGAAGACACUGUAUACGACAUCUAUAAUGAGGACGCUGUAGACAUCUCUGAUGAGGACACUGUAGAUAUCUCUAAUGAGGCUCCUGUACAUGACAUCUUUAAUGACGCUGUAGACAUCUCUAAUGAGGCUGCUGUACGUGACAUCUCUAAUGAUGCUGUAGACAUCUGUAAUGAGGCUGCUGUACAUGACAUCUCCAGUGAGGACACUAUAGAAGACAUCUCUUAUGAGGACACUGUAUAUGACAUCGCUAAUGAGGACACUGUACAAGACAUCUGUAAAAAAGAAGAUGCUGCCAGUGAGCCAUUUAUACUGGGGAAUGGUACGUACCCUGAAAUAACUCACUUCCUGAGGAAAAAAUGCCCUCUCUAGGGUACAGAAACCUGAUUCUGGGCUCCUUUUGGGAAGGAGGAUUUGGGGUCUGGUGAGAGCAGAUGAUUUUGCAAGUAUAAAACAAUAUCCAGAGAGGUUGUAGGGAUAUCUUGAGCCCAGAGGAAACACCAGGGGAUCCUGUGUGAAGCACCGGGGCUUCAGCUGGGGUCGAAGGAGUGAGUGGGCCUCUCUCUAAUGACUUAUCCUGAUGUUUGUGUUUUAAAGAUCUGUUUUUGGAGAGUAUAUCCGAUAAAGAGGAUUUGUAGGUAGGUAACUACUUUCCAUGUAAGUUCCAACGGGAGAGAGUUCCCAGGGCCUUUGGGGUAUCCAUGCUGCUUGGGAGAUUGAGGGAAGGGGCAUGAAAUCAAAAAGAAAAAAGAAAUAUGUGUCAAAUUGGAUUUGGUCUUUUCCAAGUUUAUUGGCAUAAUAGUAAGAACUGUCUCUCUGGGCUGUGAGGGUGCUGUGUUAUUUGAAGGUGAUCUUUCCCAGAACACUUGGCCUUUUCUUUUCUGCCUCUGCCAAACAUCACAGCCUUUGGGUUGGAUUAGUCAGCACCCCUUGGGAUUGUGUGGAAGAGGUUUGGGGUUGCAUCAAGUGUCACCUGUGGUGAACAGAAUCUGAGGGACACAACUCUCUCACAGGCACUUACUUCAACCUGGAGACAAAGUUCUUCUGGUGUGUGCCCAGGGGCGCAGGAGAAAUUGACAGUCAGCCUCUGAACUUGUAGGACUUUAAAAAACACUCACGUUUCCAUCCUCGCUGUUGACUACUGGCUUAAAGGGAGCUCCCGGGGUGAGUGACAGAGGCGGGAUUGGACCCUGGCAGUCUGACGGCAACACCUGUGUUCCUCUGCAAUGGGCCAUGGACAACAUUACACACCUUUGUGAGAAUCAGGAAUUACACACCUUUGUGAGAAUCUGCAUCUGGAAUUGAGAUGGGCCUUGAGUCAUAUAAAUAAAUUGGAAAAGAUGUACUUUACUACCCUAUUGAAAGAAACCAUUUAUUUCUCACUCCAGCAGGAUAAAUGGUUUUCAGUAUCCACUUAACUGCUCAUUGACUCUUACUGUAGAUGAGGAGGUGGCCAGCAGCCCCUGCCCUCCCCCAGUUGUAGGCCCAAGGUAACUAGCAAUUGACUGGAUGUAAUGGAAGAGUGGUGCAUUCAGAGGUAUCUGUAUUAAUGGGACCCACAUGAUAUGGGUGAGAGCUAUUAGGGUGAGAAAAAACCUGGGAGCCCAGUGAAAUAUUUAAAUAUCAAACAAAACAUUGUUGAAAUCUCCAUGGUACUUUAGUAGUUGAAGUCAUUCUUGUGGUCAUCACUGCCCUUCCCAAACAUAACAAGCUACUUAAUAUCACAUAGACCCGUGCCAUGAGGAAUGAUGAUCAGUUUGUAAAAUGCCAGUAAAACAAUUGCCUAUAUAAGCCACAAUAUUUCAUCCAUAUAUUUCAAUUUCCAUGUGUAAAUAUAGUUCAAAUGUCAGAAAUUUAUUAUUAUCUAAUAGAAUAUGCAUGGUAUAUCAAUGAGCAAUAACCAUUAUUCUAUUUCUAUUAACUAUUAUUUGUACGAUGAAAAAAGCAGACUGCCAUUCUUGGAUUUGUCUCAGUUUGCACACAUUAGCACGACAGCCCCAUGUCCACCUGACAUGUGUCAGCAAGAGGCCAGGACCAGCAGGCUUUUCUUAUUAACUAAGAUUUCUAAAUGUAUUACAUAUUCGUGGUUAGAAAUAACUCUAAAUAUCAUAAAAGGUUAGCAAGGAAGUUUCCCUUCCACUCUGAACUUCCAAACACCAAGUCAACAUUUUUGUUUGCAUAUCAUCUUUACAAUCUAUGUGCAAAUAGAAACAUGCGCCUGGAAUACAUGCUGAUGGAUGAUUGUGUUUAUACAAAGUCCUCUGCCCCUCUGCAUAUAUCACUGGGCAAUGCACCUUAGUUAUCAUUCCACAUUUCAAAUGUAAAUCCAUUGUAUUUUUUCAGAGCUAUAAAGUACUGCACCCUAUGACUAUUCCCAAAAUUACUUAAGCAUCCAUUAUGGGUAUGGUAUCCAUUUGUUCUGUUUCCAGUCUUGUUUUUACAACCAAUGCUGUAGUGAAUAGCACUAUGUUGAGUAGAAGUGGUGAAUGUGGGCAUCUUUGUCUUGUUCCGGUCCUCAGGGAGAAUGCUUUCCACUUUCCCCAUUCAGGAUAAUGUUGGCUGUGGGUUUGUCACAGAUGGCUUUUAUUACCUUAAGGUAUGUCCCUUCUAUGCCGAUUUUGCUGAAGGGUUUUAAUCAUGAAGAAAUGCUGGAUUUUGUCAAAUACUUUUUCUGCAUCUAUUCAGAUUAUCAUAUGAUUUUUUGUUUUUAGUUUUGUUUAUGUGAUGUAUCACAUUUAUUGACUUGCAUAUGUUAAACCAUCCCUGUAUCCCUGAUAUGAAACCCACUUGGUCAUGGUGGAUGAUCUUUUUGAUAUGCUGUUGGAUUCAGUUAGCUUGGACGUAGCAUUUCUUAUUAUUCCAUCUGUGGAAUGUAUUGGUUUAAGUAAUGAAAACAUGUUCUAUCUUCACUGCUUAGCACUUUAUGUUUCUUUAACAGACUUCCCAAUAGGGCAGCAUAAAAGCAGGAGCCCUGCUAGUCUCCCCUUAACCUGGAAUCCCCCCUUCUCCACAGCUCGCUCACUGGACAGGACAGACUGGGCGCCCAGGCCUCAAGGUAAGGACGUGCUCUGUCACCUAGAGGUGCAGUGCCUGGGAAGGCCAACCUUGGAGGGUUGCCUGUCAGCUUUACAGUGACAGAGGUGUUGGGAGGGACUGACCACCAAUGCAUAAGGCUGUGCUUUGUUGGUGACGUAAAGGAUUGUUUCUCAGAUUGUUGGGGAGGGACAAUCCCAAGGCCUCCCCUGGCCCUGGUCCUGGCUCUGCACAAAGGCAGUAAGAGAGGAAUGCUGGUAAGGGCUGACCUGUUGCAGUGCUGGGGAGGAAGGUGCUAGGCUGAAAUUCAGGAGGCUGAGGAUGACCUGUUGCUGUGCUGGGGAGGAAGGUGCUGGGCUGAAAUUCGGGAGGCUGAGGAUGCAGCAGUCCCAUAGGAGGUACAUGACCUUCAGCAUACAUUUUCUUCAUUGAUGAUCAAUGGAAAUGAGAAAUCAUUGACUAUUGUUUCUAUCAUUGGAAUCUACUCUUUACCGCUCGUGCUGUUCCUGUCUUUUGGGGAAGAUGGAGGAUCGAAUCAGUGUGUGCUGCACUGAGCGGAUGGAAGGAGAGCUGCGACAAAAACUAAGGGAGGAUGAGGGAUGGGAGGACCCUUCAUCCAGGCGCUCGCAGAGUCCUCCCGAGGAGGAAAGCCCCGUGGCUCCCUGGGGGAGGAGCAGGGAGGGCUGCGUGACUCCCACAGUGAAGGGUGUGGUAUGUCUGAGGACACCCAGGCUGGUCCGUGGGGAGUCAGUGGCAGAGUGAGAAGCAGCAAGGCCAGGAGGGUGGCUGGAGGCCAGGCUCUGGGUCAUUCUCCAUGUGUUUGAAACAGCCAGACCCCAGUGGGCUUGGAGGUGCAGGACCCAGUGGCUGAUGACAGAACAAUGUGGAGAGAGGCGUCAUGUGUCAAAUCCUUACUUUGUUCUGGGCAUUGUGCUAAAACUUCCUGUGGCUCAUCCCAUUUAGGGGCUGAAAGUUUCAGAGGUUUAGGAAGCUCACCCACGAUACUGGAGCGCCCAUCUCCUGCCCUAGUGCUGUCCCCCUUCUCACCCAGCCACCACUUGUUUCAGGGCAAUACACAGAAGCGGUAACCUCUUAUGGAUAGGCAAGUAAAUUCUGCUGUUUUUGUUAUUCACAGAAAAAAAACACUGGCUCGUGUGGGCUGGGAAGGUGAAAUACCAGAAGUGUUUCAUCUGGUUAUUUCUACCUAUGCGAAUCCUAUAGUAUUGAAAUGCAUAGGUUAGCGUUUUUGGCCAAUUUACUCAGCAUUCCGGGUUAAAGGCUCUUAUUUUAUUUAUUUAUUUAUUUAUGAGAUGGAGUUUCGCUCUUGUUGACCAAGCUGGAGUGCAACGGCGCGAUCUCGGCUCACUGCAACCUCUGUCCUGGGUUCAAGUGAUUCUCCUGCCUCAGCCUCCCAACUAGCUGAAAUUAUAGGUGCUUGCCACCAUGCCUGGCUAAUUUUUUGUAUUUUUAGUAGAAACAAGGCUUCACCAUGUUGGUCAGUCUGGUCUCGAACUCCUGACCUCAGGUGAUCUGCCUGCCUCGGCCUCCCAAAGUGCUGGGAUUAUAGGCAUGAGCCACCAAGCCGGGCCUAAAGGCUUUUAAAAUUCACUUGUAUAAGCUGACUUAGUUUUCUUUAACCUUGUAGAAAAAUACAAAAAUGGCAAUCUCUUUUAUCACACAAAUAAUGUAUUUUUAACAGUUUUUUUCUAAUUGAUGUCUUAUGUACUUUUCAUUCACUAAUUAUUGCUUACAUUUGAAGUGUUUUAUGAAUUAAUAUUUAAUUGCAUAGAUGAAGAUUACUAGUCAUAGGCAUUUUACUAACCAAUACUCAUUAAGCAUAGCGUGGAUUCAUGUGAUGUUGCAGGCUGAAAGAGUGAGGGUUGUGAUCAACUCAGUGCAGCACUGGAGGUUAUAUGAGUAAACAGCAAACUGUUCUCAUGAAUGCAGAAUGUUGGCAAACUGACAAACUGCGUCUGCCACCCAGAGGGAAUGCUGAGGGCAGUCAUGCCCCAGGCGCUGCGUUUCUUGAGAUUAGGCACAUCUGAAGCCUGUUAGCAAUAAUGUGAACCUGUGAUCAACUGAGAAGCUAACCAAUCAUUACCUCCUGCUCCCUGCUGUUUCUACUCAAUAAAUACGAAGGGCCGUAGAAGCUCAGGGCGGCUGCCCUUGCUCACUAGAAGCUGGGAGCCCUCUUCUUCCCUGGACCGUUCUUUAAACAGUUUCUUUUUUCCUUGGUUUUCAUUUCUUCAUUUGUCUUCCUUCGUUCAGUCCCGCAGUAACCACAGCAAACCAUGGGGACUGCCACAAUGUGAUGUCAGGGAGCUUUUUUAUUUGGUAAAAGGGAAAAGAUACCACAAGAAUGAAUGCAAGAACUGAAACAGUGGAGACACCUAGAAUGACUUGUCUAAGAUCUAAAUCAUUUUGUUGUUCUCCCAGCAUACUUAUUAUCCUGAUCAUUGUCAUCAGUAUUGUCUGGGUCCUUUUAGCACAGAUUUCUCAAAAUGGGCAACUCCAUAACAGUUGGAAGCUUAUGAAUUCAUAUAAUUUGUUCGAGGGCAAUUUGGGAGUACCUAUCUAUUUUAAAAUUUGAAUAACCUGGUAAUUUCAUCCCAUGUCUAGAGUCUUUUAUGUAAAAUAUUUCCACAAUUAGGAGAAAUAUGUGCAUGGGGAUUUUCUAUGUAGCAGCAUUUUGAUAGAAUAGAAAGUAGGGGCAAACCAAAUUUCUAUCACGAAGGAAAUAGUAAUACACUGAAUAAUAUAUAGUGAAUAUUAUGCAGGCUUUAAACAUCAAAAAAGAGCUCAGCGUCUGACUUCCAAUGAUCACGUUGGAGUAGGUCACAGCUGGUUUACAUUUGAUUUUCAUGUGGGAACUCUGGGUGUCUGCCUUAGUGAUUUUACAUGUGGCUAAAUUUAGCUAAUGAAAAGCUAUUCGAAGUAUGGCAAAAUGGAACUUGAAAACAGUGUCUUGUCAACAACCAAGAGGACCUGUUUCACGUAAAGCCCACGCAUUCAUCUGCCUGUCCUUCAUUCUGUCUGUCCACACGGGCAUCAUUCAUUCGUGGAACUGAGUGCCCACUGUCGAGCUGACAAGCCCAUAACCUCCCUGUUCCUAGUCACACAUUAAUUCUUCAACAAAUCCCUUUUGAUAGAUUGUGACUAAGCUUAGCUGCUAUUUCCAAUUGCUUCCCCAAACGUACUUCUUACUGUUCUCCCAUCACACCCUCAGCCCGUCCAUGCGGGUUUCCUUUGCUUUUCCCACCUUACACCAAACUCCCUAUCUUUAUUCCCACUUUUACCUCCUCUCCAAGACAAAACAAACAAAACUAGCAUUUUAAAACUUAGUCGUAAUCCUUCUUCCUUCAUGAAAAUUUCUCCAACAGCCACUCCCAUGGCCCUGUGUGUUCUCGAUAUUUUUACAUAUUGGCUGUGAGGUUGAGCGCGUCAGGAUAUGCUGUUUUGGGGCUCACUGUUUUGUUUGUAUUGAUUCUUCCUAUUGGAGGUGUGGUCAUUGCCUUCUCCUCCUCUGGGGAGUUUAUGCCAGUGCUCUUCAAUACGAUUGGCAGAUAAUUUUUCUUUUUAUACUUAAUAAUUUUUUUAUUUGGUGUUUAAGAUCAUCCAUGACCAGGGACUUCAUCCACGGCUAGGGACUUCACCCACAACUGGGGACUUCAUUCACAGC